AUGUCAAUAGAUUUAAACAAACUGAAAAGGCUAUUUAAAAAAUCUUAAAAUGGGAAGAGUGGCUGCUCUAAGAUCAAAGAGAUGCUUGAGCAGUUUACAUUUUUCAAAAACAUUUAAAAAAAGAUUAACCCAUAGAAAUAUGAUGAGUUGAUUAAUGAAUUAAGUUUGGUAGAAUAUAAAAAAUAUUAGAAAGUGUUUAGCUAUGGCGAUAUGGGCAGAAAAUUUUAUGUUAUUUUGCAAGGUAGCGUAUUCAUCAUCACGCCAGAUAAUACAUCGUUUUCAUUUGAUAAAUAAGAAUAAAAAGAAAUAGAUUACUCUUUCUUGGAAAAUCAAGAUGACAAGGAAAUCUACGAAUAAAUGAUAAAAUUAUACAGCAAUAUGAAAAUAGUUUCAGUUUUAAAGCAAGAUAGCACAUUUGGAGAAGUUGCACUUCGCUCUAAUGUCCCAAGAACUGCUACUGUCAUAUGUAGAGAAGAAUGCACUUUGAUUGCUAUAAAUGUUGAUGUGUAUAACUCAAUAGUUGAGGAAUAUUACUCCGCUCUGUAUGAAGAAGAUAUUUCUUUCCUUUAGAGGUUUCCUUUUUUGUAAGGGUGGGAAAAAGCUCACAUUACAAAUCUUAUCAGGUAUGUCAGAAGGGUUUAGUGUUUUGGCAAUCAAGUUAUUUACAAUAUUGGAGAUCCUGUUGAGAAAAUUUAUCUUAUUAAACACGGAGAGUUCGAAAUUUACUAGACAGAUAAAACCUUACUCAAUAAAACAGAAGAUUAUUAAGAACCAGAUGAAUUGGAUGAUUUAAAUAUGCUGAGGAGAAAACAAAAGAAAGAAUAGUUGUGCAGAUCAGCUAUAUUGAGCGAUUAUUGCUCGUUUGGUAUUGAAGAAAUAGGUUCUUAAUAAACUAAGAGACUUAAUAAAGUUGUUUGUACUUCAUCGGAAGCGCUUCUAUAUGUUAUUGAUAAAAAUUCUUACUUUAAUGUUAUGUAAGAUAGAAAGCUUAUCAAAGACCUUGCAACAGAAAAUAACACAAAAUAAAUUUGGAGAGAAAAACAUGGAGAAGAGAGAAAAGUACUACUUAAAGGCUUUUAUUCACCAAAAAUGUCAUUAUAGCAAGAAAGUUUAAGCUUCAACCACUUAGCAAAUUAAGAACUCUCUCACAAAAAUGAAAAUGACAACACUUUUGCAGGAAAAGCUAAACCACCAAAGUAAAGAUAUAGCUUAUAAUUAACAAACAGAGCGUCUAUUUAGCACUUCUAGAUGUAAAUGUAAAAAAACUAGACAAGUGAAUUUAAUUUUUCUUCUUAAGCUUCAACUAAUCAUCUAUAAAAUGAGAAUCAUUCAGAAAACAAAUAAAAUUCCCUUCAUAAAUUACCUUAAUUUUAAAAUAAAUCUAAGCAAUAACUCUCUACUUCAAAGCUUCCUUAAAUAAACUCAAUUAAAGAAAUCGAUAUUAAUAAUAUUUAAGACAAUUAUUUCUUACCUUAAACCACUUCUAAUAUAAGCUAAUCAAAACUAAACCUCAAACCAAGAGGUUCUGCUUUUGUUUCAUCAUCUAAUUCUAAAAUUAUUGAAACAAAUAAUAACAAUAACUCACAAAGGAGCUUAACAGUAAAUCAUAGACCUAGAUUUUCAAAUGAAGAUGCACAACUUAAUGAAAGACCUUUACUAGACUGCUAUGUGAAUGCCAUGUUAAAAAAGACAAUGAUAAGCUCAAAUUAAAAGAGCCACAAGGUUUUUACUUAGAAAGAAUUUUUUGCAACAAUUAGAAAAACAUAAGAAAAGAAAAGAUUCUGCACUCCCAAUUAAGAGGGGAAAAACUAUAUUUAUUCUUUGCAUAAAUAAAAAGACAAUCCAAGUGAAAUAAAACCUCAUUCAAAUAUGAAAGAGCUACAUGGUGGAAUAGAGGGUGUUUUAGGUGAUCUUUUGAAUGACCAAAAAGUAAAAUAAGACCUGAAUAAUAUUAAAGCUACUUUUUUACAUGAAUAGCGUAUGAGUUAAAAUAAUAAUCAACUAUUAAGAAAAUUUACAGCAAACUAUAAUCUCUGA